AACCGAACAGGGUGGCUAGAUUCUGGGAAUGAAACAGAAACAGCAGCGGCAUGGUCUAGUUGGCACAUAGGACAGACAAUCUAAAAAUAACUCCAUCUUUUAAACACAUUUAUAUCACAUUUAUUUGGGAGGGGGCACAAGUGCGUCGCUGUACUUGUGUGGAGGUCAGAGGACAAUUGGCUGGAGUCUCUUCAGUCCUUCUGACACAGGGAGCCUGGACCUUGAACUCAGAUCUUCAGGCUCGGCUGUGAACACCUUACCUGCUGAGCUUUACCAGCCCAGAUAAAUAUGUUCUUAACUUAGGAAAACAGUAAGCCUCGCUUUCCCCAUCCCAGGGAAACCACACCAGUGCAUAAAUUAUAAAAUUGUGAUUUGCAAUCUUCUCAGUCUUCGGGGUGGGGGUGACAGUGGGAGGUGGGAGCGUCUCAGUAACGUUUAAGGAGUUGUGGAGUGGAAUUGCAGGAAAAUUAUGUUUUUAAGCGGCCGUAGUGGUGCCGCCGGGGAUGGAGCCGCCUAACAUCACUUCCUGGGCCACGGUUAAAUACUCCCUGCUGGACCCAAGGACCGCAGAAAGGCCUUUUUGUCGUCUUCCAUAUCCGUGGAGGAGCACCGGCUAUCUCCUCCACUCUGGGGGCCUCCCUCGGAGCACCGCGCCCGGACCCUCUGCGACAGUAGGUGACACCGGCUUCUCCCUCAGGGCCAAGCUUGCUCCCUAAGCCGCAGACUGGGUAGCAGCCAGCUUGGAGUGCUCCAAACCUUGGGGGUGCAGGCGCGGCUCCACCUCGGAGAGAGGAGGAACCCCCAGCUGGGCUGGCUGUGCCCAGCUACCAACCGGCUCCUUCCCUCCGGCGCUGUCCUGGUCCCACCUCCCCAGAGAUGCGGGACAGACGCCCCCGGAGAGGACUGGGGCCUGAGGAGAGAGGCGGCCUUGACACCCAGCUGCCCACUACCGAGCCGGCACGCAGCGGGAUCCUAAUCCACUACAGCAGAGCCGCCCGCCAGGCGGAGACUGGAGCGCUCGGGGGAGGGGCGCAGAGGCCCCUUUUCCCCGCCCCGGGGGCGGAGCCGAGGUCUGAGCCUGCAAACCCUGGUCCCCGCUGGCCCUGCCCGGACCCUCUCACCACCUUCGGCUUUCCGACCUUGGGAUUCCAGGACACCGGCCAGCCUCGCCGUCCUUCGGCCUCCCAGCCCCGCACAGGCGCAGAUGCAGCCGCCCUGCACCCGGCCUGGCGCAUAGGACUGCGACAGCCAUGGCGCGCGGAGACGCCCCUCGGGACAGCUACCACCUGGUCGGCAUCAGCUUCUUCAUUCUGGGGCUGGGCACCCUCCUCCCCUGGAACUUCUUCAUCACCGCCAUCCCGUACUUCCAGGCACGGUUGGCAGGGGCCAACAGCACCGCUGAGACCCUGAGCACCAACCACACCAGUCCCACAGACACUUUCAAUUUCAACAACUGGGUGACACUGCUGUCCCAGCUGCCUCUACUGCUCUUCACGCUCCUCAACUCCUUCUUGUAUCAGUGCAUCCCUGAGUCGGUGCGUAUUCUGGGCAGCCUGCUGGCCAUCCUACUGCUCUUUGCCCUGACAGCAGCCCUGGUAAAGGUGGACUUGAGCCCCGGGCUGUUCUUUUCCAUCACCAUGGCGUCCGUCUGGUUCAUCAACUCCUUCUGUGCAGUGCUUCAAGGCAGCCUUUUUGGGCAGCUGGGUACCAUGCCUUCUACCUACAGCACUCUCUUCCUCAGUGGCCAGGGCCUGGCUGGGAUCUUCGCUGCCCUUGCUAUGCUCAUGUCCAUGGCCAGUGGCGUGGAUGCCCAGACCUCUGCCCUUGGGUACUUCAUCACACCCUGUGUGGGCAUCCUCCUCUCCAUCAUAUGUUACCUUAGCCUGCCCCAUCUGGAGUUUGCCCGAUACUACUUGGUCAAGAAGCUGUCCCAGGCCCCAGCUCAGGAGCUAGAAACCAAAGCUGAACUCCUCCAAGCCGAUGAGAAGAAUGGGAUCCCCAUCAGCCCCCAGCAGGCAGGCCCAACUCUGGAUCUUGACCCUGAGAAGGAGCCGGAGCUGGAUGAGCCACUGAAGCCAGGAAAACCUUCAGUCUUCGUUGUCUUCCGGAAGAUCUGGCUGACGGCGCUGUGCCUUGUGUUGGUCUUCACAGUCACCCUGUCGGUCUUUCCUGCCAUCACAGCCAUGGUGACCAGCUCCACCAGCCCUGGGAAGUGGAGUCAGUUCUUCAACCCCAUCUGCUGCUUCCUGCUCUUCAACAUCAUGGAUUGGCUGGGCCGGAGCCUGACCUCAUACUUCCUGUGGCCAGAUGAGGACAGCCGGCUGCUGCCCCUGCUGGUGUGCCUGCGCUUCCUGUUUGUGCCACUCUUCAUGCUGUGCCAUGUGCCCGAGCGUGCCCGGCUGCCCAUCAUCUUCUGGCAGGACGCCUACUUCAUCACAUUUAUGCUGCUCUUCGCCGUUUCCAACGGCUAUUUGGUGUCUCUCACCAUGUGCCUGGCGCCCAGGCAGGUGCUGCCGCAUGAGAGGGAAGUGGCCGGGGCCCUCAUGACCUUCUUCCUGGCCCUGGGGCUCUCCUGCGGGGCCUCUCUGUCCUUCCUCUUCAAGGCUUUACUCUAAGGGGUCCCAGUGCUCCCCACAGUCCUCCUCCCAGCUCUGCUCCCAGAGCCAGGACGCUCCCAGGGGAAGGACCUCCGCUACACAGGGCCUCUCGGUCUGUGGGUACCAGGAGGGGACAGAACCUUGGCUGGUAGCCACAUUGCAUAUGGUGAGGAAGACUCCACCAGUGGUCAUUCUGCCCCUCACCCAGGAGUGAAACGGGACAUAGAGAGAUGGACCUUUCUGAGGCACAUAAGAGAGCAUUUUGGAAGGCAUGAAUUGGGGAAAGAGCUCACAGGCCCAGGGCCCUUCCUUGCUACCGGGACUAUGUCUGUUCAUCAAACCAUCCAGUGAUCCCAGGGAUCAAAGCCACCUAUAGGCCUUGCUGACGAUGCCCUGGUGGUCUUCGCUGUGCCUGAGUGGGGAUGGCAGCCAGCUCCAGAAUGGCUUCUCCCCUACUGGCCCCCCAAGGCCCUGGCGAGCACAUGAGGCGUCCUGGAAGCUGAGGGGAAGAGACAGCUCAGAGGACUGACCUCUGCGCCUCCAACAGUGCUCUUUCACAGUCAGUCCUCCCUAGAAUCCGGACGGGCCCGUCUAACGGGAAGGCAGUUAGCCUGCCGGGCUGUGCACUGCGCUUUACAGUCCGCACCGUUUCCUGCAGCCGCUCACAGAAGCGUCAGCCAGGUCCCCGGAACAUCCCUGAUGUUCUGGUCCAUCAAAGAGUGAAGCUAAGGCCUUCAUCUCCCUCCUUGUAGGUGCUGACCCCACCCCCACCUCUGGCCCACCACUUGCUUCUCUUCCUCCAAGGUAUCCAGGCAGGUGCCCCGGGCACUUGCUACCAUCUUUUCACCCCGUUUCUCCUCUGACCCUGUUUCCAAGUCCAAUAAAAACCAUUCAUUUCUA